AUGAGUCGCCGCUUAUUCACACGGAUUGCUAAUGAUUUGGCGGGGCUAGACCCGUUUUUCACGCAACGACCUGAUGCUCGAAAUUAUGAAGGGUUCACCACGUUACAAAAGUGUACUACGGCCAUUCGCCAACUGGCGUACGUGACAGUGGCCGACGCUUUGGACGAGUACUUACAGAUGUCGGCAAGAACUACGCGGGAAUGUUUGUAUCGGUUUUGCCAUAAUGUGGUGAAACUGUACAGCAAAAAAUAUUUGCGGAAACCAAACGCGUAUGAUGUUCAACAGUUGUACCAAGCUCAUGAAGCAAGGCACGGGUUUCCGGGAAUGCUUGGUAGCAUUGAUUGUAUGCAUUGGGGGUGGCAUAACUGCCCGACUGCGUGGCGCGGCCAAUAUACGCGAGGUGAUCACGGCUAUCCAACCGUGAUACUUGAAGCCGUGGCAUCACAAGAUUUGUGGAUAUGGCAUUCUUUCUUUGGUCUCCCUGGUUCACUCAACGACCUCAACGUGUUAUACCAAUCGGCGAUCUUUACCGAUGUCGUUAUGUAA